UGACAGUUUUGUUUGAUUGAAAACCAAUAUCAAAAUUUUCAGUCGAGUAGUUUCCCUGAUGUUUAACUUUCGUUGUUGUUAUUUGUUGCAAACUUGCUUCUCGUUUGUUUAUUGCUAAAUUUAUUUAUUGUAGUAAAUAUAAUCAAGUGUAUUUCCAAUAAUAUUAAUUCUAUGGAUUUACACGAAGAUAUUGGAUUAAGUGACGAAGAAGAAGAAAUAACAGCCGAUACCGUUUUGCGGACUCUUCAAAAUGCUUGGCAAAAUGAAAGGUUGGCGCCAGAAAUACUUCCACACCGAAAUGAUAUGGUAGAGUGUAUGCUAGGGCAGAUACAGCAUAUGGAACGUAAUAUAAAUAAACUGCCAAAAACAGAUCUUCGCGCAUGUAUUCACAAGAUGGAAUUGAGCAGAAUAAAGUUUAUCAUUUGCAACUACCUUAGGACUAGGUUAAAUAAAAUUGAGAAACAUUGUAUACCUAUUUUAAAUGAAGAAAAACAACGAAUAGAAUCUGGAACAAAUUAUUUGACACCGUCAGAAUUGAAAUAUGCCCAAGAAUAUUUGCUAAACAUGGAAAAUCAUCUCAAAACUGUUAUUCUAGAUAAAGUCCCAAAUAACAUGCAAUCAUUUGAAAUGAGUAAGAUGGCUGUAUAUCCUAACUUACAGUCCCAUGUAUUUCUUCAAGCGAAUGAAUCCAUUGCUGGAGUUGUACUGGAAGAUAUUUUUGGAGAUCAAGAUGAAGAAAUAGAUUUAGAAGCGGGAUCACAACACAUUCUUCAAUACAAACCCAUUUCUGAUUUAGUCAAGAAUGGCAAAGUACAACUAGUGUAAAUAUUUGGAUAUUUGAAGAAACAAUACGAGUUGCUUCACAUUGUGUAAUUUUUUACCUAUCUAUUGCAUAACUUUUCGGAGUCUCAAGUAUGAUAACAUUAACCUUGAUUUAGUUUUCGUACUUGUUCUAUCUAUCAAGAUAGAUUUUUCGUUUGAGAUUGUGAUUUUACUAUUAUUAUGAAGCAAAAGAACUGGUAUUAAUUUUCCUGAUCUAGAGUAAGACAAAGGAUAGAGGAAAUAAUCUUGUAUUAUAAUAUGUUUUUCUGGUGACCUGAUAUUUGUAUUGUAAUCUGUCCAACCACUUUUUUUGCGGAAGUCUGAACCUGGGUUGCCGCCACAGUUUAUUUACCAAUAUCAGCAUUUACCUAAGGAAUCAGAUGAUGCUGAUAUAUUUAUGAUAAUAAAUUGCUUAAAAUGUU